AUGGCCAGUGACGAAAAUAUUCAUGUAGUAUUGCUACCAUGGUUAGCAUUUGGCCACAUCAUGCCUUCCUUCCAGCUUAGCAUUGCCUUGGCCAGAGCAGGAGUUCAUGCUUCACUCGUCUCUACGACCAAAAAUAUCCAGAGACUUCCUAAACUUCCUCCUGAUCUCGAAGGCUCAAUCGAUUUGGUGGGUCUUCCACUACCGGCAAUUGACAGGAACCUCUUGCCGGAAGGUGCUGAAGCUACAAUCGAUAUUCCGUUCCAUAAAAUUCAGUACUUAAAGAUAGCAUAUGAUCUCCUCAAGAAUCCUUUCAAGCAGUUCAUUGCUGAUCAAGCAAAAUCACCUGACUGGAUUGUUGCAGAUCUGCUCACCCAUUGGGCGGGUGAAGUGGGCCAGGAACUCAACAUCCCUAUUAUUUGCUUCUACCCCUUCUCUGCUGCUACUGCAGUCUUCUUCGGGCCGCCUGAAUACUUGGCCGGUGAGGGUCAAAAACGGGUUAGGUCAACUCCUGAAAGUCUGAUGAGAAAACCGGAAUGGGUAGAUUUUCCAUCGAUGGUUGCUUACAGAAAGCGCGAAGCUAUCGGUGUACAUGCUGGAUUUUACCACGAGAAUGCUUCAGGGAUCGCGACUGGACAAAGGAUUGCCAAAGUAAUCCAAGCCUGUAAGGCUGUAGCUAUACGUUCUUGCCCAGAAUUCGAAAGAGACUACUUCAACCUGCAGGAGAAGAUCACUGGAAAGCCUGCGAUCCCUCUGGGAUUUCUUCCCCCUGAGACGUCGAACAACUUGAGGGACGAAUCCUGGAACAACAUCUUUCAAUGGCUUGAUGAGCAAAAGCCGAUUAAGUCAGUAGUAUUUGUGGGAUUUGGGAGUGAAUGCAAGCUGAGGAAAGAUCAAAUCCAUGAGAUAGCCUACGGGCUAGAGGUCUCGGGGCUACCAUUCAUAUGGGUGUUGCAGAAACCGAGCUGGGGUGACAGCGAUAAUGAAGACGAUAUCCUGCCUUCAGGUUUCGGCUCCAGGGUUCGGGGGAAAGGAAUAAUCCAAAUAGGAUGGGCGCCGCAGAGGGAGAUUUUGGCGCACCCUGCAGUUGGGGGUUGUUUGUUUCAUGCAGGGUGGGGGUCUGUCACUGAAACUCUGCAGUAUGGGCACAGCCUCGUUGUGCUGCCUUUCAUAGUUGAUCAAGGCCUGAAUUCAAGGUAUCUGGUGGAGAAAGGGCUGGCUAUUGAGGUGGAGAGAAGUGAGGAUGGAUCUUUCAGCAAAGAUGACAUAGCUCAAUCAUUAAGACGAGCAAUGGUGCCAAAUGUUGAGGAUGAAGGGGAAGCCCUGAGACUCCUCAGGGCUCGUGCUGCUGAAGCUGCUGCUUUAUUUGGAGAUCGAGAGCUUAAUGGCUACUACAUUGAACGUUUUGUGGAGUACUUGAAGACUGAAAAUGGGGUUCAAACUUAG